UCUCUCCCUCCCUCCCUCCGCGCCCCGCCAGGACCUCGCCGGCAGCAUGGCUGCAAAGAGCAAAUCGCCAAGCUUCUUUGGAUACCCCUUGAGCAUAUUCUUCAUUAUCAUCAACGAGUUCUGCGAGAGGUUCUCCUACUAUGGCAUGAAAGCGGUGCUCAUUCUGUAUUUUAAAUAUUUCCUGAAUUGGACUGAUGACUUCUCUACAGCCAUCUACCACACCUUUGUUGCUCUCUGCUACCUGACACCAAUCCUUGGAGCGCUCAUUGCAGACUCUUGGCUGGGAAAGUUCAAAACCAUUGUCUCCCUGUCCAUUGUCUAUACAAUUGGGCAGGCAAUCACAUCAGUGAGCUCCAUAAGUGACCUGACAGAUUAUGACCACAAUGGCUCUCCUGACAAUAAAUCAGUGCACAUUGCUCUGAGCAUGACCGGCUUGAUCCUCAUUGCACUUGGUACUGGUGGAAUCAAACCUUGUGUGGCAGCGUUUGGUGGAGAUCAGUUUGAAGAAGAACAGGAAAAACAAAGAACAAGAUUCUUCUCUAUCUUUUAUUUGUCUAUUAAUGCUGGAAGUCUUCUGUCUACUAUAAUCACUCCAAUUCUCCGAGCUCAAGAGUGUGGGAUUCACAGCAAACAGAGAUGUUACCCAUUAGCCUUUGGAGUCCCUGCAGCCCUCAUGGCUGUCGCUCUGGUUGUGUUCGUAAUUGGAAGCGGAAUGUACAAGAAAGUUCAGCCUCAAGGAAAUGUAAUGAUUCAAGUUGCCAAAUGCAUUGGAUUUGCCAUCAAAAACAGGUUUCAGCAUCGCAGCAAGGAGUUCCCCAGGAGGGAGCACUGGCUGGACUGGGCAAGUGAGAAGUAUGAUAAACGACUGAUUGCUCAGGUUAAGAUGGUGCUGAAAGUGCUCUUCCUUUACAUCCCUCUCCCCAUGUUCUGGGCGCUCUUUGACCAACAGGGAUCGAGAUGGACGCUGCAAGCCACAACCAUGGAUGGGGAUUUUGGAUCUAUUCAGAUUCAGCCAGACCAAAUGCAGACUGUGAAUCCAAUCCUGAUUCUUAUAAUGGUCCCAGUUGUGGAUGCUGUGAUUUAUCCUUUAAUUGAGAAAUGUGGCAUCAAUUUUACGCCCCUGAAGAAGAUCACUGUUGGGAUGGUCCUUGCAUCUUUGGCUUUUGUUGCUGCUGCCCUUUUGCAAGUGCAAAUAGAUAAAACUCUUCCAGUUUUCCCUGCAAAUGGCCAAUCCCAAAUCAAAAUAUUAAAUCUCGGUGCUGAUAAAGCAACAGUUAAGUUUGGAUCUCAAGUUGCUGAUGUGACAGUAGCACCUAUGAAUUCGACAGACUACAUGACAUUUGAGACUUCCCAGUUGCAAUCAGUAAGCAUAACUUCGGGAGGUAAUAAUCAAUCUAAAGCUUUCAACUACCUGAGUGGAAACCGGCACACUCUUCAAGUUAAAAAUACUGCAAGACACCUUUUUGCUGACUGGCUGUUUGACAAUGUCACCUCAAAACCACAAGAAGGAAAUAAUCUCAUCAGGUUCAUAAACAAUGUGCCUGAUAAUAUCAGCAUCACUAUGGGUGACACUUCUUUUGGAGAAAUGAUGCCUCUUUCUGCCAGUAAUUACAGCAUCUUUGCAGGAGGAAGAACAGAUAUAAUUAAGGCUGUUAGAAAUUCAGUCAAUUGUUCAACUUCAAAGGCAUUUGGCUUUGGCAGUGCCUACACAAUUAUAAUUAACAAUUGUACUGCAGACACUUUUGAUGUAGCAUAUUCUGAAGAUAUACCACCCAAUACAGUCCACAUGGCGUGGCAGAUCCCUCAAUAUUUUAUUCUUACAUGUGCAGAAGUAGUCUUCUCUGUCACUGGGCUGGAGUUUUCAUACUCACAGGCCCCAUCUAACAUGAAGGCAGUGCUGCAGGCAGGGUGGCUGCUGACGGUGGCUGUUGGGAACAUAAUUGUCCUCAUCGUGGCUGGAGCAUCUGGAAUCAAACAGCAGUGGGCAGAGUACGUGCUGUUUGCUGCCUUGCUGUUGGCAGUUUGCAUUGUUUUUGCUACCAUGGCUCAUUUUUAUACCUACAUUGAUCCGAGUGAGAUUGAAGCCCAACUUGAUGAGGAAGAAAAAAAACAAGUCAAAAAGGAUGAAGAAGUAAAUGAAAAGCAAGCUGAAGCUGUCUCUCAAUUGUAAAACGUAUUCAAAGAGCAUUUGUAAAUUAUGGUAACCUUUUACACCAUCCCUGCCGUA